UACACUGCACCACGCGAAUAUAUCGUUGCUGCUGUUGUAACAGGACACCCACUUUAUUUACGCAAGGACAACAAACAAAACUUUUCGGGUUAAACGGACGUAACACAAAGGCGGUUGCAGUGGCGCGAGCUUUUGUUCAUUGAGCGCGCGUGUAACGGAGUUUUUGCUGCUCCCAUAACCGGAUUCUACGCUUCUUUGUUCUAAGUUGCGCGGCUCUCCAUGGACUUCGCUGGUCUGUGAUCCCAUGCAGCAAUCGAUACUCUAGAAGUUCUGCAGCAAUGCCUGGAGGCAACACUCCAACGCUGUACAGCUGGGAGAUGGAGCACUACUUUUACGACGAGAUGGAAACAGAGGAAGAUUUUUUUAAGUCUUCUGCUCCGAGCGAGGACAUAUGGAAGAAAUUUGAGCUGCUUCCCACCCCACCCAUGUCGCCCUCAAGGACGUUGGAUGGGGACUGGUUACUGUCGUUACCGGCGCCGCCGAAGGUAUUAACAUGUGACGAAGAGUACGAGGGGUUGCACAAGUUCGACCCUCUGGACGUUUUUGGAAAUCUCGGAUCUAUCGUUAUCAAAGACUGUAUGUGGAGCGGGUUUUCCACUAGUCACCGGCUGGACAAAGUGUCUCACGGCGAGCGAGCACCGGUGAUGGCUCAGUUUCAGACCUCUACCUCAUUACACGCAGCCUUGACCACACAGAAGUUUAUCCGUGCCGCACCGGGCACGCCCGGCUCCCAGGCGGCACAGUGCGUAAACCCCGCAGCGGUCCUCGAGCUCCCUGUCCCGCUUAGCAAGAAAGGGGCUGCAGGGUCUUCCGGUUCUGAGAGUCGCUCGGAUUCAUCCGAUGAUGAGGAUAAAGAUGAAAUUGACGUGGUGACUGUGGACAACCGACCGAAGCGUGGUCGCCCUCCAAACCGUCGGACUCCAGUGACAAUCACUGUGAGUGCGGAUCCAUUUGGACCGUGUCCCAAACGCUUCCAUGUGUCUCUACAUCGGCAGCAGCACAAUUACGCUGCCCCCUCCCCUGACACAGAACCUGAGGAUGACUUUGAUGAAGUGGAGUCUGUGAGGAAACGCCCAUGUCUGGAGCCUUCAUCUCCUUCGUCUCCACUCUCCUCACCUGCCACCUCGGACUCUGAAGACUUCAGCGAACAGCGCCGGAAUUUCUUGGAGAGGAAGAGGAGGGAUGACCUUCGCUCCAGGUUCCAAGUACUCCGACAGGAGAUUCCAGGUCUGUCCGGAACGUCAAAGACUUCAAAGGUGGCAAUUCUGACACGUGCAACAGAUUAUUUGCAGCAGCUGCAUGAGUGUCAGCGUCGUCAGGCUCAGGAGAGAAGGAAACUGAAAGCAAAACAACAACAGCUUCUCCGCAGGAUCAGCGUAUUGCAGAACUCCUGAAAAACAUUCACUUUAACUCAAAAGCGUCUUUAAUGUUUCUAAAGCUCAUUAUGAAUGAGAACUCUAAUAUCAUUUUGUGACUAAAAUUGACUCAAGUCACUACCUGCAGGGAGACCUAUGAAGCCCACACUGAAUUUUGCCAUUCUAGAAGGGAUCUGUACUAUGUGUGUGCCAAGGUGUUUGCUUUUGGUGAGGCUUUAGACUUAAGACACAGAACUUUGUGCAAGACAUGUAAACCUCAGUGAAUGGGAAAAGUGGAAGCUAUUAUUGGUUGAAACAUCUUCCUCCUAUAGGAAGAAGGGUGGGUUGUGUGUAUGUGAGCACAUGGUGGUGUGUAGGGUAUUAUGUGAUUGUUGCAAGGUGUUCUAACACAUUUUGUAUCAGGUUUUCCUGAUGGGCCUAUAGUAGGAAACCUGAAGUGUCUUGUCCAUAACAUGAUCUGUAAAUACUGUAUUCUGAGGAUGUUCUCCUCUACUCCAUGAACUGCAAAGAGAAUCUAUUUUGUUAAAGAAUAA